CUGUUUCACAACUAGAAACCAACUACGCCAUUACACUUCGCAACAAGAGUUGUCUCUGUCUCCGUCCAGUGAUGGCCAUGGAACAGCGGUUUGCUCAUUCCUUCAUGUUUCUCUCUAUCGUCUUCCAAUUCAUACUAACCGUCGGAUUUUCUCAUCAACUGCAAUCUGCCAUCAGGCUGAAAACGUCACAGGCGGAGGAGAACAGCCUUCGAGUAGGUGGCGACGGAGUGUUCAAGAUAGCACUGUUUGCUGAUCUUCAUUUCGGAGAAGACGCCUGGACUGAUUGGGGCCCAAAACAAGAUGUGAACUCCGUCAAGGUUAUGUCCACUGUGCUCGACCAUGAAACUCCAGAUUUUGUAGUGUAUCUUGGAGAUGUAAUAACUGCCAACAAUAUUCCAAUUGCGAAUGCAAGCUUAUAUUGGGAUCAAGCAAUCUCUCCAACAAGGGCCAGAGGCAUACCGUGGGCUAGUGUUUUUGGAAAUCAUGAUGAUGCAUCAUUUGAAUGGCCAAUGGAGUGGUUUUCAGCCCCUGGAAUUCCUCUAGUUCAUUGCCCUGGAACUAAUUCAUCUUAUUCAAAUUUAAUUACUAUUCCAGCAAAAGAAACCUGCAGUUUCAGAGGCACGCAACGCAUAGAGCUGAUGAAAAAAGAGAUUGAGGAUAAUAGUUUAUCAUUUUCAAGGAAUGGCCCCAAAGGUCUCUGGCCAAGUAUAUCCAACUAUGUCCUCCAAGUUGCAUCCUCCACUGAUCCAGAAUCAAAAGUUGUGAUUAUGUACUUCCUUGAUUCUGGUGGUGGUUCAUAUCCAGAAGUUAUAUCAAAGGCACAAGCAGAAUGGUUCCAGCGUAAAUCUCAAGAGAUCAACCCUGAUUCAAGGAUUCCUGAGGUUAUCUUUUGGCAUAUACCGAGCAAAGCAUAUAAGGAAGUGGCACCUUGGUUUGGUGUACACAAGCCUUGUGUGGGCUCUAUUAAUAGGGAACAUGUUGCUGCUCAAGAAGCUGAAUUUGGUAUUAUGGACAUUCUCGUUAAAAGAUCUUCAGUCAAGGCAGUAUUUGUGGGACACAACCAUGGAUUGGACUGGUGCUGCCCCUACAGGAAACUAUGGCUGUGCUUUGCUAGGCAUACUGGUUAUGGUGGCUAUGGAAAUUGGGCCAGAGGAGCUAGAAUUGUGGAGAUAAUAGAGCAGCCCUUUUCUAUUAAGUCAUGGAUAAGAAUGGAAAAUGGUGAUGUAUAUAGUGAAGUUCUUUUGAGUUCUUAACAUCUUGCUUCUGUAAUGUAAUUCAACUGUGAAGGGCAUAUAGAAUAAUAGACAAAGGUAAAAGAAAAAUGGGUAUGUAACUCCAUAUGUAAAUUUAUAUGACUCAGUAAAUAUCUUGAAUCUCCUCGGACCGUAAAGCGUAAAGGUUUUUAACACUCUGAUAAAGUGCGUUUUCUGGAA